AUGUCCCCAGGAUGCGACAGGAGCUCCUGUCUGGUGGGAGGGCGUGAGGAACAGGAAGGCUCUUUAACGCAGGAGGACAGCUUGCCAUGUCCAGCUGGAGAGCCCAGAAUCCCUAGAAAAAUUUUGUCUGGUGGUAAAAGAGAGGAGAUCGGUUCCUCUUCUGUGAAAAUGGCUUUGACGCUCUCUGGCACUGUCCAACCCGUUAACAAAGAGUCGGAGCCACCCGGGGUUGAGGCUCCCGGCCGCUGGCAUGGCGUCUACAUGAGCAGGACGUCUCCAACGCCAUCGGAAUCUGCGACCACUGUUAAGUCCCUCAUCAAGUCGUUCGACUUGGGACGGCCAGGUGGAGUUGGACAGAAUAUUUCUGUCCAUAAAGCCCCCAGAAGUCCCCUGAGUGGGAUUCCAGUAAGGACCGCUCCCGCCGCUGCUGUCUCCCCAAUGCAGAGGCAUUCAACGUACAACAGUGUUUGGCCGGCCAGCAAAGGUGUGACUCAGCGUUUGGAUCUUCCAGACCUUCCCCUUUCAGAUCUUUUAAAGGGAAGGGGUGAGGACCUGAAACAGGACCCUUAUCUCCGGAAGAGCCCCUCGCUGGAGUCCCUGAGCAGACCCCCUUCUCUGGGCUUCGGGAACACGAGGCUGCUGAGCGCGUCCACUGGGGGCUUGAAACCGCAGAGCAAACUCAGCGUGGAAAGAAGAGACCCGCUGGCUGCCUUGGCCCGGGAAUAUGGUGGCUCCAAGCGUAACGCUCUCCUGAAAUGGUGCCAGAAGAAGACAGAAGGCUACGCGGGAAGGCCACAGUGGUGGUAGGGUUUACUCUG